AUGCGAUUUAUCUUCUCCCUCUUGCCGUUUCUUGCUCUUGCCACCUCCGUCGUCCAUGCUCAGAACGCAUACAUCUAUACUCCUGCAGAUAUGACCGAGGUCCCUGCUGGCUCGAGCUUCAAUGUCACGAUCGCUCAAGGCGAUUCUAACAGCAGCUGGAAAAACAUAGCCAUUGUCAUCGCUUUACUGAAUUGUCAUGAAUAUAGCAGCACUUGCCUGGGCCCCGCUGAAGAACUAGGAACGAUAUUGUACAGUGGGCCGUUUAACCCUCAAUUCACGACUGAGCCUGGAACUGCGGAGCUACCACCUCACGAAAAUUUCACUCUCACCGUUCCGUCUGACUUUGAGACAGGACAAUCACAAUUGGGUGUUGCACUCUUUGAUUUAGUUGGGGCAUUGCUGUUUCCCUACCUUCAAACAUUUAAUACAACCAUUGUGGUUACUUGA